UAUCUCGGUAAUAUUUCGUGUUCGCUCAGCUAAAGCUGUUAAAAUAACGGAUGCUGCUCUACUAAAACGUUUGGGCUGUAUUUGUGGCGCCAUUGGCACAUGUCUGCUGGUGCGAACUCUGGUCUCACCGCCCGAUGUUGUGGUCGGAAGGACAGCGGAUGAUCUGAAGGCAUUUUUAUGUAAAACCGAUUGGUGGGAUUACACAUUUACAUCAAUGGAAGUGGUUUUCCUGGCCUGGGGUGUUCGCCUGUGCAUUAUGGUACGCAAGGCACCAUCCGAAUUUAAUGAAAGCCGCUUCAUCUCGAUGGCAAUUUACAAUGAAUUCCUGUUGACGUGUUUCCUCAAUGUGUCAAUGCUCUUCCUGCAAUCUCCUGCCAAUCCGGAUUUAUUGUACAUAAUAUUUUUCUGUCAUACCCAAUUAACGAUAACACUGCUCUUGGCCUUAAUAUUUGGCAGUAAGGUUUAUAUUGUGCUGCGUAGCGGUAAAUCACACCAGGAAAAUAUUGGUAUGGGUGCCAAGUCAUCGGGUGCGAAAUUCAAUUUUCGUCCACAGGUACGCACCUUUGCCAAUCCCAGUUCAGUAACAACAUCCACGGCUCCGGUGGUGGCCACCACUUCAGCAGAAAACAAAUUAUCCGACCAGGAAGCAUUGGAGGAAAUACGACAACUCAGCGUACAACUGCAGCGUAUACAGGAAAUGGCUCCACCCAAGGGUGUGGCGGUAAUGACAAUAUCCAGUCUGCUGGAUGGCCUGAAAACACCCGGCAGCAUGGUCAUGGUUGCUGCUGCCGCAUCACAGGCCGUAUCUGGCGGUGGAAAUCAAUUAACCGUACGACCCAAUAAACCGGAAGCACUGCCCUUGCUGUCGUUGAACAGCGAAAUGCAGAAAUAUGCACAAAUGCAACAGCAACAACAACAAAAAACCAAUAACAAUGUUGUCCAACAAGCCGUUGUGCCGUCCACAAAGAUAACAAUGGCCACACCGUCAGUGACCACUGCAUCGCCCAAGGAUGUUCAGGUGGUGGUGACGGCGACAGCCACGACAACGGCUCCCAUAAUCUCCGAGAAGGCCAUAAAUACUGAGCUGAGCGGAAAUUGUGUGGCCGAAGAGGAGUUGAAACAACAACAUAUCAUAUGCGAACGAUGCUAUGAACGUUGCCGGUUGGAUGGUCAUCCUCGGCAGGGCAGCUCAACACUAAGUAAAUGUCAGCUAUUGGGGUCGCCACCCCACGAGGGUAGCCUCACAUUUAAGGAUAUUAAAUUGGAGUGUAUGUGUUCGCAAUCGGAUGACUUGGACCAGCUGCCCACGAGAAGGGUGGCUAAGCGAACUGCAGCCACCAAUACCCCACCACCGGCGGGGGGUUAUAGGGGAACGCGUAAACCCAGUACGCGUCAUCAUCGCCACAAAGAUGCCAAAAUGUUGAGUAGUUCCAGUCUGCCGUGUGAGGAUAGCAGCAGUGCAACAACAACGACGACAACAAAAAAUCAAAGCGGCAAAGCCUCCUCCACCAGUACCACCACCACCUCCAAACAGCAUAGAAAACUAAGUAGACUAAGUUCCAAAUGUAGCAAACUGCUGAGCGACAUAGAAAAAUCCCAGCAGAUUUCCAAGAGUGCCACAGGUGCUGCCAUCACUUCGCAGCGACCAUCGGAAACAGGCGAAACAAGUUCCAUACAAAAACAAUAUUCCACCGAUGAUAUAAUAUUCUACACAACCACCGAUACGAGUACGAGUGAGGACGACGACGAUGAUGACGAGGACGAAGACGAAGAGGAUGAUUAUGGUGAAGAAAAUGAUGAGGAUGAUGAUGAUGGCAAUGUUUUGCAUCCUGAAGAUGAUCUGGCGGGCGAAUUACCUUCCAAACUUUUUGCCGAUGACUCCUCGAGUUUAUCGCAAAGUAAAAGUGAAUCCAAGGUCGCCACAAACAAUCAAGGCAGAAAUGAGGAAGAACUGCCCACAACGGAAGAUUUUAAAAUCAUAUCACAAUCUUUAUUUAACAUAACCACGAGUAGCAGUAGUUCGCCCAAACGGACAGCUACAGCGGUCACUUCUGCAGGAAAUCCAAAUAAUGCCUUAUUAGACGCAAAAACGUCACGAGCAACAACCGGUACGGCUGCCAGUUCGAGUAACACCACACAGCAGCCAACCGCCACCACCACCGCCAAUGGUAAUGGCAAAACGAAACGACCCGAUAAAUUGGUCCUGAAUUUAAAUGAUCGCUCGAAAUUCACCAAAGAAGUAUCCGUUUGA